AUGUCGGCGGAGCGGACGGACUCAAGGCGUGGCGGCGCGGCGGGCCAAGAUGAGUUUGAAUUAACAAUGAUGAAAUCGACAGGAAAUCAGAUGCACGGGCAAAGAUUGGCUUGGAUGGUAAAUGAAGAGGACACCUUCGUCGACAUUCCUGGUACAGUGGUCCCCUCCAGGGAGGAGGAGGAGGUGUUAGAGGUGAAGGCGGGUAAUCCAGUGCUGCUGGAUGGUGGUUGUGAUGGCGCCGCUUUAGGCUCUGAACCCUCCCAGGCCCAUACCACAUCCAAAAGCCAACAUGGUCCCAUUGCAGCCUAUGCAGGAAAGGAUGGAUUGCAAGUGGCAAGGACCGUGAUGGGCAGCGAAAGCACCGUUGAAAGAAAGACGUCCGAGGAGGUAGUCCCCCGCCAUGCUCGGCUUCUGAGAGAGCGCGCGCGACCUGACAUGAUUACGCUUGGCAGCCUUUCACUGCAGCAGAUGUACCCCAAAACAAGUCCUCAGCCUGUGGAGGUUAGUGUGCGUUGUCUAAGAGCCACAAGAGACAAGCUUCCCCGGGGCCUCUACAAUGUCAGCGUGUCCCUUCUCUGCCAUCUUGGGGGUCCAUCUCUUGCCUGGAGUAAUGACAAAGGGCAACAAGUGUGGAUGGCAUCGACUGACCCAAUUGAACACCAGGGGUGCUACUAUAACAUCAACCUGCACAUUAACCAGAAUCUUUUCAUGAUCUUACCUCCAGCUUGUGAGAUUCUCCCUUCCAUGGUCUUGAUGUUCCAACUGAAUGCAUCACAAGGACAGAGCACCUGCAAGAAGUCCGCUCUGGCUUGGGGGGUAUUUCCUGUUUGCGGACCGAACCUUGACCUGGUCCAAGGCAGGUACAAAACCCCAUUGCUCAGAGGGGAGCCCAGUACACAAGUGGACCGGUUUCAGAUGAUCGAAGAGCUAAUCGCCACCGAUCUGGAUGUCUGGUUGUGCAACAUGUACUUUCAGAUAAGGAGACUCCCACCAGGAGAUUCUGGGGCCAUCACCUUACCAAUGCCACCUUUAAACACACUGGAAAUGCUCCAACCAACUGUCCAGCACAGCCAACCUUCCGGGUCCAAGCUCGAUCCACAGACAGUUCAUCCCCAUCUGAACCUGCACUGUGCUGGCCGCAGCUGUGGGGCAGGAGAGGCCGCAGUGGUACAUUCUCCCCAGGGGUCUCCCCUCCACCUGUCAGCUGAUUCCGCUUGUUCCUCAUCAUCUCUGCAAGGAAAGGAUUCUUCCCCAGGAGCCAAUUCUGGCAUUGUGGUAGCAAAGAGUCAUCAUCGCAGGGAGAAGGAGGAGGGUGUGACCCACAUCAAGAAGAAGCCAAUCAAGAAGACAAAUAGCCGCGGCCCCAGCGUGAACGGCGCACGCAAACACAAGAUGCGGCAUUCGCUGCAGAAUCUCGACGCGGAGGAGAUGGAGGAGUACACGUUCUCCCUGCUAACUCCAAAGGACGGACGGAGUUCUUCUCAGCUGUUCAACCCGGCCAACUUGGCCGCUUGCAUGCUACCGUUGGAGCUGGGCCUGCUGUUGCUGAGGCAACAUCCCCACCAACAACAACAACCAUGUGGAAGCUGGCGGGUCUCUGUUUUGCAGCUCGGCCUCAUUAUGCUGCUGCUGGCUUUGAUGUGGUUUGUGAGGCUCUACCUGCAUUACUGCAGCCAGUGGCUUUACCUCCAGGCCAUAGCAGUUCCUGUCAACAAAUUCCAAUUCCACGCGUACACGGUGGACCUCGUGUACCAGAGUUCUUUGCUCCACACCCGCGAGGAGCUGGCCAUGGUGGUGGUGGGUCCCCUGACCUUGAAUGCAGUAACGUUCCUGCUGGUUCUGAUCAGAUGGGGCUGUCAACAGAUAUUUGGCUCACUCCCUUCCUUCACGUCAAAGUUUAUCAUGGCUCAGGGAGUGUGGACAGUCCUGCACCCCUUGGCAGUCCUUGCAGUGGACGCUGUCCUCGGGCGUUUGUCCUACAGCCCAGACAGACCAGUAGGGGAUGCCGCCAAGCUCUUCUGGCACUUCCACAGAGUGGAUCAGUCAGGAGCAGCUGGGGUGGCCAUCACUGUCUUCCUUUACGGAGUCAUCUUUCUUCUGUCUUGCACAAUCUUCUGCAUUUAUCUGCUCAGAUUUCACAACAAUGGUCACAUGCUGGACAUCUUCCAGAGGCUCACAGCCAAGGAGGGCACUUACUUCCUACCUCAGGACUUGGAGCUGUCAAAUCAGGAACUUAGCUACAUCAUAAAGAAGGCAGAGCAAUGGAGGGGCUUCAACGGUGAAAGGCGUAAGGUGGCAGUGUAUGACUAUAUCUGGACAGCAGAGAACCCAUUGGCCGGUUCCACGGCCCCCAUAGAUGACCCACUUAGGGAACCCUCUCCCCUACCAAAGGGAGAGACUAGCACCCACGUGGCCAUCUACACACUCUAUAUAAGCGGGCUCAAGCAAAGAUACAGACAUUUCCUUCGACAACCAGAUGGGGCCAUCAUCGAGGUGAUCGGUGACCUGGAGGGCUUAGAGAACCCAGCCAAGAUGACAACCUUCGCGGGCCAGCAAUCAGGGCCUCGGAGGACGGAACAGGAAGACUCGAGCGUCUCGCCGAAGCCACGGAAGAGAAACAAGCUUUUUGGACGUUACGAAGUCUAUGCUCUGGAUCAGGUCUCCCUCCCUCCUGUGGAAGCCCUCACACUGACUUCUGCUGACACUGACCAGGUGCUCGUCACAAUGGCUUUCCAUAGAGCCUUCAAACAGGAAGCAGGCGACAUCAGCUCAAAAGCUGGGGUGCAGGGAAGGAUCACCAGGGUGCUUUGGUGCCUGAUGUGUUCAAGAGAACCUGUCAGGUGCUUACGCACCGAUGGAAAAGAUCAGAGUACUGCUGACACUCACGUUUUAGCGUGGGUGUUCGUGGCUGUGCUUGACUCACCUCCAUGCAUCAUGGAUAGGAAGGCCGAGGUGUACAUGUCUCACCUGCAGGACGGUGGAGUAGAAUCUCCUCCUGGCCAGGAUCAGCUGAUCGCCAUGCGGAAACCCUGA